AUGGCUGCAAACCAGGACCAGACCACCGAGACACCUUGGUGGGCCAGCUUCCCCGAGGUGCAGUCCGAAUGUCCUCGUCUCGAGCCCGAGGAAGUGAAACUGCUGCUGGAUGAGGACCCGGCGGGCAAGGGCAAGGACGGAAAGAGAGAUUUUCUAUUAGUUGACGUCCGAAGGACUGACUGGGAGGGCGGCACGGUGGCAACCUCGAUCAACUUUCCUGCUCACACGCUAUAUCAGACACGCCCGGUGAUCUAUCAGCUCUGCAAACAGGCCGGCAUCAAAAAGAUUAUAUUCUAUUGCGGCAGCAGCAAUGGUCGUGGCCCGAGGAGUGCAGGCUGGAUGCAGGACUACCUGAAUGAAGUGGGGGAGACCCAGAUCAAAUCCCUGGUGUUGAAAGGAGGCAUCAAAGGCUGGCAGAAGAGAUACGGGGGCGACCUGAUGGACUGGUAUGACGAGAAGUUCUGGGCAUCUCAGUAG